AUGCCGGCCGUGCGGUCCCCCGGCGGGCACCUGCUAGCUUCUCCUGGUCCUGCGUGUUGCGCGCCUCGACCAAAGUCCCAGUCCGACGAAGCCGAACAUAAAGAUCUCUUCAUCUCGAUUGCGCCUACAAUACUCUCCUUCUUCGGCUCUCGAGCUAUGGAAUACACAUCGCAAGCUCUGCGGAUCGCCCUCCCUGGACUCGCUGCUGUCCUCCUCGCAUCCGCCAUGGGUCUAUUCAACAGAAAGAAUCACAUGCCUGUCGAUGGCAAGACCGUCCUCCUGACCGGUGCAUCGGAAGGCAUGGGCCGUAGUGUCGCCCUCCAGCUUGCGGCAAAAGGCGCAAACCUCGUACUCAUUGCCCGCAAUGCCGCCCGCCUCGAGGAGCUCAUCACCGAGCUCAAGGCCGUCGCCAAGCAUCCCGAGACCCAGCGCUUCAAAGAACUACGCCGCCCCAUCGUCGCCGAGGCCACCGCCUGGAACGGCGGUCGCAGCCCGGACAUUGUCUGGUGCAUCGCCGGCAUGGCCACCACCGGCUUCUUCACCGAGGUGCCUUUCUCCGAGACCCGCAAGAACAUGGACGUCAACUUUUACGGCACCGCCGAGAUGGCCCACUCCAUCCUGCGCGAGUGGCUCGCUCCCGAAGCCCCCAUCGAGGACGAGCCGAGGCACUUGAUCAUGACCACGAGCGUUGUCGCCUUCUUCACCAUCGCGGGGUACGCGCCGUAUGCCGGGUCCAAGUGGGCCAUCCGCGGGUUGGCCGACACACUCUCCCAGGAGGUUCUGCUGUAUCCCCAGAACGUCAAGAUCCACGUCGUCUUUCCUGGGACCAUCACCAGCCCUGGCUUGGAGAGGGAGAACGAGACCAAGCCUCAAAUCACCCAUCAGCUCGAGGAGCUUGACCCUGUGCAAUCGCCCGAGGAGGUCGCCAGACUGUCCAUCAAGGGCCUGGAGAGAGGUGACUACUUUGUCACUGUUGCGUUCCUGGGCAGUCUGAUGAAGUGGAGUGGCCUUGGCGGCUCUCUACGGAACAACUGGGUGCUCGACACGUUCAUGAUCUGGGUCACCUCAUGGGUGUGGGUGUUUAUGUUGCCUGAUUUGCUGAAGCAGUGCAGGAACUAUGGCAAGAAGCAUGGUCACCCAGCUACUUAUGGGAAGCCGAAGCCCAGGGCAUGA